AUGUUCGCUCGAGCAACCAUCCAGCGUCUUCUGGGAGCGCCCAUGCUCCGUCCGCGAGCUGUCCCUUCCAGCCGGAGAACCUUGACAUCCACUCGCCCCAGGCUCAGUGCUUCUACUGCCUACAAGGACGGGUGGCUGCCGCGGGCAGUCCAUGCAAAUGAGCUACACAGCAUGUUUUUGCAUCCGAAAUUGCUAAUUGGAAUCCCGCAGCUCGCUCAAUACAAGACCUUUGCAGGUCCCUUCGCCAAGGUCUUUUUAGGAGCCAUCUUCACUUACCAGGUGAUCUACUGGACUUGGUUGAAGCUCGAAAUGGACGAGACGAAAGCCGAGAAGAACCAAGAGGUCGCCGCUUUAGAAAAGAAGGCGAAGGAAUUAACGAAUGCCCAAAAGUGA